AUGUCCUCACCUAGUACCAGCAAUCACGAAGAAACUUUUUCAUCAACACUAUCGGAAAAUCCACUCAAGAGAAAACAAGAGGAUACUAUUGUGGAAAGUGAAAGUAAAAAACAAAAGAAUGAUGAAUCGGAACAAUCUGUUGUGGAUCAUUUGAAUAUUUUGAUUAUGAGUGAUAUACAUAAUUAUAGUCAAUAUUUUAGUAUUGUAAAGGAAAUUAUUGAAAAGAAUCAAUUAAAGAUUGAUAUUGUACUUUGUCCUGGAGAUAUUGUUAAUAUUAAAACAAAGGAACAAUAUCAAAGUGAGGAAUAUCAAUUGAAAUCAUUGAAGGAUGUUGAAGAAAUGGCCAAGCAAAUGUUAAAUUUUGCUCCAAAAGUUUAUCUCAUUCCUGGAAAUCACGAUCCUGAUGCACUUUUCAAGAAUGAAUUUUCUAAUGGUCCAAUUGAAGGAGUUUCAAUUAUUCACAAUUCCAUUGUAAAAUUAUGUGAUGGAUUAGUUUUGGCUGGAUUCGGAGGAAGUGUGCCAUCAUUCCACGUCUCUCCACCUGAAAUUGCAGGUUCAGGAGCAUGGAAAGGUUAUCCAUUCACAUCUGAUGAAUCAUUUGGUAAGGAAUUGGAAUCAAUCAUUUCAUCCAUGAAGGAGGUCAACAAUAAUCAACAAAUCAUUUUCAUGACUCACAAUGGACCAUUCUCAUGUGAUACUACCUUCUUCAAAAAGGUAAAUAUUCACAGUCCAGGAAUUACAUCAGGAUCUGAAACUCUCAGAGCAUUCGUUGAACAAGAUGAAGUACAAAACAAGUGUCUUUGUCAUAUUCAUGGUCAUACUCAUUUGUUUAGAGCUGGAUCAUCACUUGUUGGAACUUUACCAAUUGUUAAUCCAGGAUCCUUAAUGGAAGGUAAUUUUGCUGUUAUUCAAUUGGAAAGACAAUCUCAACUCGAAAACAAACCAUUCCUAUUGGAAUCUGUCAAUUUACUUCUGGGAGAAACCUUGCACAUACACUUCUGCUUUAUUAACACUACUUGUAAAAUUACUACUAGGAAUUCCUCUGAUCAUGAAAGUAUUAUUCCUACUCAACCACAAGACGAAGAGAAUCCGAAUGGACAAAUAGAAAGUAAGGAGGAAAUAACAACAGCAAUACAAAAUAUUGUUGAUAAAGUUGAAGAAGCCUCCGAGAAGCAACAAGAUGGAGGAGAAUUGGGAGAAGUUAUUGAGGAUGAAAUGUCUGAUGCGGAAAAUGAUGAUAACAAUGAUGAAAUGAUGGCUGAUGAUGAGGACGAUUUGAACAUUUCAGCCAUUAGUCAUCUAAGUGCUAAGAAUUCACUGGAGGAUAAUAGUUAUUAUAUGCGAAGUUUGGAACAAGAGAAACUAAACUCUGAAGAGGAACAAGAAGAAAUCGAAGAACAGCAAGAAGGAUUGGAUCAACAACAAACAGAACAAUCUCAACAACAUAAAAUACUCACUCAACAAGAAAUUGAAGAAAUGGAGCAAAAGUACAAUGAGGAAAUUAAAUCAUUUUUUGAGGGUGAAUCAUCAGAAAACACAGUUAAUGAUGAGGAUAUUCAAUUAGCUAGUGAGCAGACAACUAGUGCAUUCUCUAAGAGUAUGGAUAGUUUUGGAAAGAUUUUAUACGCUCAAGUAGUCAGACAUGAGGAAAGAAUUGAAACAUUAACCAAAUCAAACAAGAAAUUGCAAGAAAUUGUAAAUAAGAAGAAUGAAAAAAUUACCAAAUUACAACUCCAACUCUCAGAAAUGGUGAAACAAAUUGAGAGGUAUGAACAUACUCUCAGACAACGAAUGUCGCCACAUUUAUCCUCCAAUGCAUUUGCCCAACAAAACCCUUCGACUUCCUCAACCUAUGUUGAACAACAACAGGCUAGUCCAAGACCAAAUAGACAAACUAAUCCACAAAUGACACCUCCAGCAACACCUCCACCACCACUACAAACCAAGUUGAUCAAGCGACCUGAGAUGGACUCUCCUCAAGUAAUAGACAGACCAAAUAAGGCCAAGAAGAGAAAAUCCUCAGAAUCAACAGCCUCUAGCUCAUCAGACCAAUCAGAUCCAACAGGUACUCCAACUCCUCCAGGUACGCCUAGUGACAGUGGAGCCUCUCCUCGCCCAAUUGUAAAAUCUAGAUCCAAAACUGUGUUCAAACUCAAACCAGCCGAUUGUGUAAAUUAUAAUGGAAAUACAUUUGUACUAGCACGGGCCUUUGAAGACAAGUACAAACUGAAAAAGAUGAUAGCUCUGUACAAAGAGCAAGGCGAAGGAGAUGGACAACUUUUCUUAAAGGAUGAGGAUUUCAAAAAAUUGAGGAUUGAAAAUCCUGAUAAUCUCAGUGUUUUUGCAUACAGAACUAGUCUGUACACUAUGGAUUUUGUAAAUUUUUACAUGUCUAAUCAGUAAAUAAUUCUUAUUGGAAUCAUUAUCU